AUGCCCGUUGGUGUUCCAAAAGUACCUUUUCGGAAUCCCGGAGAGGAAGAUGCAACUUGGGUUGAGUUAAACCGACUUUAUCGAGAAAGAUUACUUUUUUUAGGACAAGAGGUCAAGGAGGAGAUCUCGAAUACUAUUGUUGGUCUCAUGGUAUAUCUCAGUAUAGAAGAUCAGACUAGGGAUCUUUAUUUAUUUAUAAACUCUCCCGGCGGAUGGGUAAUAUCAGGAAUAGCUAUUUUUGAUACUAUGCAAUUUGUGACGCCCGACGUGCAUACAAUAUGCAUGGGAAUAGCCGCUUCGAUGGCAUCUUUCAUCCUGGUCGGAGGAGAAAUUACCAAACGUCUAGCAUUCCCUCACGCUUGGCGGAUUAUGAUUCAUCAACCUGCUAGUUCUUUUUAUGAUGGAAGAUCAGGGGACUUUUUCAGGGAAACGAGACAGAUAGUGAAACUUCGCGAAACCCUCACAAAGGUUUAUGUACAAAGAACAGGUAUGCCUCUUUGGGUUGUAGCCCAAGACAUGGAAAGAGAUAUUUUUAUGUCAGCAACAGAAGCCCAAGCUCACGGCAUUGUUGAUCUUGUAGGGGCGGAUCCUGAGGAUUUAGAGGAUUUUUUAUUGUAA